AUGAAGCUCCGAUCGGGGCGUCGCCUCGGCUCACCAGCGCCGCCGCGAUCGGCCGGCGGAGCGGACCGCAUCAGCACCCUUCCCGACGAUCUGCUCCUCUUGGUCCUCGCCCACCUCCGCUGCGUCCGCGCCGCCGCGCGCGCAAGCGUCCUCUCCCGCCGGUGGCGUGACCUCUGGACCCGCCUCCCCUCCCUCGUCUUCCGUGACGUCGUCUUCCCCUCCGUGGAACCGGUGCUCGCCCGCGUGAUAUCCUCCGCCUCGUCAGUAUCCCUCCUGGACAUCUGCCUCCGAGAGCGACCCUUCUCGGUCCGUGCGGCGGAGCCCUGCGUCAGCGUUGCCUCGCUGCUACGCGCCACCGCGCAGCUCUCACCGGUGCAGCUCAUCCUCGCAAUCCCGGUAUGCGUAGCCAUGUUGUACGAGAGGGUCGAGCUGCCGUGCUUCCAGCGCGCCAAGUCCAUCUCGCUCUCCUCUUCCAUCUCCCUCCAGCCGCCGGCCACCGGUGAAUUAUUCCCCGCGCUCACCACGCUGGUGCUCUCGGGCUGCUCCUCGGACGUGGGCGCCCUGGUGCUCCGCUGCCCACGCCUGCGCGUGCUCAGGUACACCUUGCCCGGCGGCUGGCGGUUUGGCAUCACGGUCAACUCGGCGUCGCUCCGGGAGCUUGUCGUCGAGGACACAGAACAUUGGACAUUUGUAUGUAAGAUCGACCUCGUAGCACCCAUGCUCGAGCAACUAACAUUGUCCUCUCACGUCUCGCCUCGCAUCAGCCUCUCUGUCUUGGCGCCGAUGGCUGGCAAUAUUUCAUGGCACUGCCAUUACAACGUCACGUUAAUGGGGCUCGGUGACUGGAUACUCGAGACACUGAGCUGGCUGUCGACCCUGCUGAGCUGA